UUCAUCACGACUCCGUCUCGCUACUUCAAACCAAAAAUGUUUAUUAAACUAUUAAGAAUUGAUAACGUGCUAAAAAUUCUUUUAUUAACGUUCCAAUUAAAAGUUGUUUUCGGGUUGUUCCUUUUAAGGCCUUUAAAUGUCGUCCCGAUUCCGUUUAGUGCAAAAUUAGUUAGUAAUAAUAAUAUUGAUUCAAAUAAUAAUAAAACAGUUUUAAACGUCACUAUAAACGUGCCUUUAUUAAAUUUACCAAUUAAAUUAACCAUAAAUAAUAACCGAAGAGAAGCAUCGAUUAAUUCUUGUGGGGAUCAAUUUGUUUUUGAGAGCGAAGGAGAAGGAUUAAAAGCUCAUUCAACCCCAAAAGGAUUAUGUUAUGGUUGUUGUAAAAUAUCCUCAACAGACAUCAACUUUAACAUCUAUAUAAAAGGAAAUGCCCCGUUAAAAAUUUUUCAAUCGGAAAUAGGCUCAAGACCACUCAAUUUGGUUAAGAAUGCACCUACAAUCAUUUAUAUUCACGGAUUUUUAGAAGCACCUCCUAUAGGGAGUGCGGAAGUUAUAAGAGAUGCAUAUUUAUCAAGAUCGGAGAUUUUUAAUGUUAUUUUAAUGGAUUGGUCUGAGUUAGCUACGUUUCCUUGGUAUUUGCAUGCAGUGGAAAAUACUAAAAUUGCUGGAAAAGUUCUUGCUACUUUUAUUUUGACUUAUAUUAAACAGGAAAUUAAUCAAGAAAAUUUGCAUAUAAUCGGGUUUAGUUUAGGAGCUCAUGUAGCUGCUUAUUCAUCCCGAUUUUUAAAAAAUAUUCUCAGAUUACCAAGAAUAACCGGGUUAGAUCCAGCUUUUCCAGGAUUUCAAGGUAAUAACAAAUUAAGCAAGAAAGAUGCAGAUUUCGUUGAUAUUAUACACACGGAUGGUGGGAACUUUGGUAUCCUUUAUCCAAUUGGACAUGUUGACUUUUAUCCAAAUGGUGGAACAUAUUUCCAACCUGGUUGUUGGCAUCGAGAUCUUGCCAAGAAGCACAAGUUGAUGAAUGCCAUUGCUUGUAGUCACCAAAAAGCUUAUCAUUAUUUUUCCGAGUCAGUAAAAUCCCCGGAGAAUUUUCCGGCUAUUAAAUGUACAUGGGGGAGUACCCACAGGGAUUGUAACGAAGAAAUAAUAGCCUACAUGGGUUUUAACGCGAAUCCGAAUUACUCAUCAGGCUCAUAUUAUUUAAGAACAAACAAAGAUAUUCCAUAUGGAAGAGGUGCUUUGUAAGAACUUGGAGGGAUUAUUUAUUAUUAGAUUAAGCAAUAAAGUUAUUAUUUCCA